AUGGCCAGACGUACGGUGAUGUUCUGUGCCAUGGCUCUUGCAACUGUCUUUAUGCCAGACUUUCUGAGUGCUGGUCCUGUAGGACGCAGUGAAGAAAAGGAUGGUGAGUUGGACUUUUUUACAGACAGCACGUCAUCACUGAAAAAGCUGGUCCGUAGCAGGAGGAAUGUUGCCUACUACAGGAGUCUACCUGAUUUCUGGGGCUGGUAUAAAUACUUCAUGCAGACCAACAACCAGGAGGGAAUUGAGGACAUGGAUCGCAUGUACCUUGUUUACCUCCAGAACAAGCACAGAGUAGAAGAGGGACGCUCCUACAAUCAUUACCUCACUCACCUGAGCCAAAUUUACAAAGCCUGUGCCAACUCUGACGACCCAGACUGCAUUGCAGAAUCCACCAGCAAACCCAAAGCCAAGAUGGUCAUGCCAGUUCCUGUGAGGCAAGCUACUGUGACAGUGUGCAACCCUUACCUCGACCCCUACUGCCUCUAUGCUGUUAGACCAAAAGCUGCAGAAGAAGAAAAGGUCCCUGCUCCGAUUCUGUCCCCUCUACUACCUCUGCCUCUGAAAACCCCACCAGGUUACUACUACCACGCUCCGGUAUUAGAGCCUUUCUUGUCAGCUGAGCAGAGGGCGGAACUGUUACGUAUAUGCAAUCCUUUGGACACAGAGUGUUUGCAGUACCACCUGCGCGCUGCUUACGGCUACAGGCCCUCGCUCGGCCCUCUGCCCUCCUACGCUCACCUUGGAUGUGAUCCUACCAAAGAUCCUUACUGCCAGCCCAAGCUGGUGGCCAGAUCACCUUCAGGUUUGUAUCACCUGUAUCCUACCUGUAAUCCUGCCACUGACCCCCUUUGUGUCGCCAAUGUUGUUGCACCUGCAGCCCAAACCGGUGGGAACGCAGAAGCCCCCAAAGAGCAGUUUUGCAACCCUUUGUUUGAAGAGGGCUGCAACCCCCUUACAGCUGCCAAACUAGCUGGACUCAAUAAGCCUGUCUUGGAAUAUGCUCCAAAAGAGCCUGCACCUCUCAGCCUGGCCUGCGACCCUCGCUACGAUCCAUAUUGUCUGAUGGGUGGAGCCGCUGCUCUCAGGAAACCCCCUCCGGUUCUCCCGGAGUUCCAGACCCGUCACCACCUGGGCAUCCGUGGGAAGACCAAGGAAGGUUAUGACUGCUACAUGUUCUAUGACAAGGACUGCACCCCGGUAGAGAACCAGGACUUGAGGGCAAGUGCUGCCAGUUCUAAACCCAACUGCCACCCGUACGACCCCAACUGUGGUCAGUUUGCCCCUCAGACGUCCACUGGAGCUGAAGCAGCCAAGAGGGUCAAAGACGGCAUCAUUGAGCCCCAUCCGGACUGUGACCCAGAAAUGGAUUACAACUGCCGUCUGCACCGAGCAGAAUCCACAAGUCAAGAACACAAAGAUGAGCCGGCUCAGCAAGAACAAGUUCACGGCAACCCUCUCCCUGAACACGUGGCACCUGAGUAUCCAGUUCCACGAUUUGAGGACUUCCUGAGAGGAUAUAUGGGUGGCUAUAAGAAAUGA